UAUUGCAGAGGGCAUAAGUAUGUUGAAAAAGACGGCAAGAGUUUGUCUUCAUUUCAAUUUAAAUGUUUUUCAUGUAAGGAAAGCAUCUCAAAUUGCCUACACGAAUGGAAAGUGGUAUGAGAAAUAUCUUGGCGAAAAGAUAACAUUUGAUGAAGAUAGCCGCCCAGAGAUUAAAAAAUGUCGCCCAGAUAUCAAAAAUACCCUGCCCAAUUCACUACCCGGAAAAGGGGAAACGGACCGGUACGAUAUCAGUCCUGCUGUUAACCAAAAGCGAGAAAAAGCCUCAGAUUGGCUCUGUGGCGCAGUGGUAAGAGCGCUUGAUCAAGAGUCGCGACGUAAGGAGUUGAUCCUUACAUCACCGGUUUGA